AUAUCUAUAUAGAUUAUCCCCUUUGAAAUCACUAUCUAGGGUUUCAAAAAAAUUCCCAAAUCAAUCGGCAAAACCCUAAUUUCCAGAGAGAAAAAAUGGGAGGAAAGUGUCCACACCGGAGCGUGAAGAAGCGUAGAUACUCUCACAAGCAAUUUCGCCGUACAAAAUUCCUUGUUAAAGGAGACGACGCCGUUUACGAUGAGCUGAUAAAGGCGGAGGAGCAACGGAAAGAGUUGCCCGUCGAUGAAGAUCUUCCCGGAAUGGGUCAAUACUAUUGUAUGCACUGCGAUCGAUAUUUUGCGAAUGUUACUGUGAGGGAUGAGCAUUUCAAGACGAAGAAGCACAGGAAGCGUGUGAAAAUAAUGAUGGGCCCUAAACCACACACCCAACUUGAUGCUGACUUAGCUGCUGGAAUGGGCAUGCCAGAUAAUGGUCCAAAGCUAAUGUUGAUGAGUUAAGAGCUUCCCUCGUCCCGUUUAAAACUCAUUUGGCACUGGUAGAGUUCCCUUUUGAAAAUUUUGUUGAAGAAACCAUAUCUCUCUGUCUCUCUCAGUAUAGCAAGUUUAGACUUUAGAAUACUUAUAGCAGAGCGCAUUAGCUCGGCGUUUCUUGUUUGGCCAAGAUUCACUGAGAUGAUGCUAGCUAAUGACUGCCUAUGUUUUGUUUCUGUUGUAUCAAACCACAUAUUGCUUAAAAAAUCAUCUUUGAAUUUCUAUGCCAAUUUAUUCAAUUUGGAUUUGAUAGCUAAA